UUUACUUGUUGUCGUCGAUAGCAAAAACAUGUCCUCCUCAUCCGCCGUCGUGAUUGUCACUGGCGCGUCGCGUGGCAUUGGACUUGCGCUCGCCACCAUUCUGGUGAAGGACUUGAACGCCCGCAUUGUCAUCAAUGGUCGGACGGCCGGUGCGCUUGACGAACUCGCUGCCUCGCUCAACGCCCAUCGCGCGGAUAGCUGCGUUGCCGUGGCGGGCGAUGUCGCCGACCGGACCAUCGCCAAGCAGCUUGUCGACACGGCCAUCCAGCGCUAUGGCGCGAUCGACGCCGUCGUCAACAACGCCGCACUGCUCGAGCCCGUCAAGCGCAUUGCUGAUGUCGAUCCCGGCGAGUGGGCCGAGCUCAUGCGUAUCAACAUCCAAGGCCCGCUCAAUCUCACUCAGUUGGCCAUCCCGCACUUGCGAGCAUCCAAGGGUCGCGUCGUGCAUGUUAGCUCAGGCGCAGCAACAUCGCCGAUGGUUGGAGCUGGCGCGUACUCUGUCUCCAAGGCUGGGUUGAACAUGUUCAGCCGUGUGUUGGCUGCCGAAGAGCCCGAAAUCGUCUCUGUCGCCGUGAAGCCCGGUGUCGUUGACACCGCCAUGCAAGUGACGACACGAGGCUCUUCAGCGCAAGCUGUGCUCGACCCCGCAACGGCCGCUCGAUUCAUCAACCUCAAGUCAUCGGGAGAAAUUCUGCAGCCCGAGGUUCCUGCCCGAGCACUGGCAGUCGUGGCCCUGCGCGCCCCUUCAUCGUUUAGCGGCGAAUUCUUUGUUUGGAACGACGAGCGCAUUGCUGCCCUGUACUAACUGGUUCAAUGCCGCAUUUAAAAGUAAACAAUUACUUUCAUUGACA